AUGCCCGUGGAGAACCCGUCCUCCAAGUCCCAUGGCUCACGCUUCCUUCAACUGCCCCUGGAGCUGCGGCUGAAGAUCUACGAAUACGCUCUCACCGUGCCCAAUGACUACAUGGAUAAACCACUGAUGGUAGUCCAUGACCGCGGUAAUGUCUUCACCUCGCGCGGCCGAUUCAGAGCCCUGAAUAUGUGUCCCAGCUGGGCGAACGAGGACGGCACCGCGCGCAACAUGAUGGCCGUCAACCGCCGGAUCCACGCCGAAGUCGAGGACUACUUGUACUCGAAACACACGCUGUUCUUCCGCAACUCCGUCGACCUGGACAAGCUGGGCUCAUUCCUCGACACGCUGAGCGACACCGCACGCCGCCGCAUCCGCAACGUCGGCUUCGAGGUCUUCUUCUUCGUGCACACCCAGAUCGGAGUGCCCAAGCGCACCAUCAAACAGUACGAGAAGGCCGGCCAGAUACUCGCCUCGCGGCUGCCCUGCCUCAAAAAUAUCCUUUUCUACCUCGACCCGCGCUUCUACUACCCUUCCGCCUGCGUCGGCGGCGGCGAGCUCGCUGCCCGCGGCGUCCUCGACCUGGCCACUCGCUUCGGACCCUUGCGCAAGUCUCUCAGCUUCUACCCGUUGCCGUCCGGCCACCAGCAUCUCGCCGAUGAGAUCAAGGACUUGCCGCUAUGGGGCGACGCCGCCUCCAUCGUCCCUAACUACCCGCCCAUCCCGGAGCCGCCGUCCGCACUGAAGCCGAGGGAUUACGACUGCGUCGACGAGGUCCACAAGGGUGUCUGCAAAGAUGUCCGCAAGGACUCCCUCUUGUAUCGACAAUUGUCGUCGCUGGUGUGGUGA